AUGGCGUCCCAAGGAAGAAGGAAAUCCAAUCAACGCAACGGCAGAAACUCACCCAUCGAAGUCAUAGACGUUGACGCCAUCUGGGAUGAACCUAUUGACGUCGAAAAACAAUAUCUCAAGGAAGGAGUACGUGCAGCACGCUCUCGGGAAGCAGGGCAAGCGACACGCCAGGGAAGCAGAGGAGGAAGUUCUACUCUCACGGCAGCUUCAUCUGUACCCACCGCCUCCAGCAGCAGGGAUAUUCCCUCUACAAUCCCUCCUGCUAUUCAAGAGAUGCGACGAAAACAGCACGAGAAGCGGGCGGCGUCCUCAGCCCAGCUUCCGCCGCCUUCUGCAAAGCGAUGCAAAAUAGACACCGUGCCAUCAUCCUCAAGGCCCUCCAGUGCCAGUACUCUCAGGAGCCCACUCCUUUCCUCUAUGCAUCCUUCUGCGGCGAGCCCGCGUUCUAUGGCAGGCGGUUCAGCAAGAGCGUCCCACCCCAGAACCCCCCUGAUUGCUAGAGAGGAAUAUCCGGAAUUGAUCUUUGUGGAAAAUAUUCGACCAACGGCGCGCCCGAGUGUCAAUGAUAACGGCAGAAAGCGCGCCAGGUCAAUAUCUCUGCUACCUGAAACCACGUCUCCAGUGAAGAUCAAUGGUCACCCAUUGUCGUCAGGCUCGUUUACUACGCAGAAAGGCCCAGUUAUAUGCCUGGGUAGUGAUGGUGAAGAAGAGGAGGUUCAGAUGACUUUGUCUCCCAAGAGGCGCAAAACUCCGGCUAUCACUGCCAGAGCAACAACUCCAAUUAUCAUUGAUUCCUCCUCUGACGAUGAACCUCCUCCAUAUGAUGAACCUUCUUCCUACUACGAACGUAUGCCCGACAACAAGCCUCUACUGGACCACGAAUCAUCCGAUGAUGACUGGGAUCCACCAGGGUUAGACCUCAAUGAACCAGACAGGUGGAAACCGAUGGAAGUCAAUAACAACAAGCUCGAAAAUGUUAUCUUAACCAGCCUCAACAAUCUCGCACUUGGACCAGCACUUCAAGAAGGAACAAGGGCGUGGCACAAGGCGCAUCCUUAUACAUCACGCUGGUACCCUGGCCGGCAAUCGUCUUCUCCAGACGCUCCUCCUCUGAUAUGGGACAAGUUACGUCGAGUCGAAAACCUUUACUUUCGACCUCGGCAACGUGCCGUGGUGACCAAUUACAGAAACAUUAUUACCCGCUCUUGGGAGGCAGACUUCAAUCUAUCGAACUUGAAAGCAGCACAUUCCUUCAAAGAAUCUCCAGGAUCGAUUGGCAACAUCGAACAGAAGGAUGGCUGGAUUGUUGUCGGUAGUGCCUGCAACGGUGGUACUGCAGACAGGGAAGCUGGUCGUCCAAAUCCCUAUAAUCGACCUGGUUCCAUCUUGACAUGGCGAAACUCCAUUGAUAUUCCCCAAGGCCACGAGAUCGAGACAGAUAGUUGCAUAAAGUAUUACUCAGUGAAUGAUGUCAAAAUUGACCCAACGAGAGAUCUGUCAUUCGUUUCCUCUGGAGAAGAUCGAUACGUUCGCAUCUGGACUCCAAUGCCUGCGGAACAUGAUUCCCCCCAACCUAGUUUCUGGACCAACACCUUCAAAUGGAGGACUAAACAGUAUGCACCACACUCACUCUCGUUUAAACCUGGGACGGGCAUUUUGGCCAUUGCUGAAAAGAGGGUGCAGCUCUUUAACCUGACCGAUCAAGCUGUUGUACACCUUACUUGCCUUCAAGUCUCUGACAAACGGCGGCAAGUUGUUGGUGCCUUGGAAUGGGGUUCUAAUUCAACGGCAGGCCAUCUUUUUGCUUCAUCGGAAUCAGCAUCAGAUCCUCCAGAAACCCGUUCUUUCUCUGCAGUGCACAAGGCGUUCGAUGUGGAAAAGCGGACCAUGUUGUACCAGUUCAGUGCGAAGGAGACAGGUGACGCCCUUGCUGUCAAUCCUGACGGUUCUAAGCUUGCAUUAAUAACCCAGGCUUCUUCCAAUCGGCAUCUCUUACGCCUGUAUGACAUUCGAAGGCAGACUCCCAAGGCAACUGCGAGUAUUGUGCUGAACCGUUUUGAGACUCGAGAUCCUUCGGAGGGUUUUGAAGCGGAAGUAAACGAUGCUGUAUGGAGCCCUGACGACGUCUAUCUCGCCCUGCCACGGAACGACAACCAUACCCAUGUGUAUGAUGUGCGAAUGCUAGAUCGCGGUCCAUUAUUCGAUUAUGAGCAUCUGGGCGAAUGCAGAACUGUGUCUGCUCAGGAGCGCUUUGGUAUAAUCAAGGCUCAAUGGAUUCAGUCAGCUAUCACUAGACGAACAGCUUUGGUAACAGGAGGUGAAGAUGGCUGUGUGCGACUUUGGGACCCUUCAGUUCCGGUUGAAAAUCCCAACAACGGUACAAUUCUAGCACAGAUGUCUUCGGACAUAGGAAGCUUUUCACUUGGUGAUCCUUUUGCUGGCGAACAUCAACUCGUUGUUGGCGAUAGCUCGGGGGAGUUGGCAAUAUUUGACCAUACCAUUUGA